AUGGAGCUUUCGUUUAGGGUGGAGGUAAAUCCACUCCGCCUUUGGAGAGCCCCAAGACUUGGCACUUCCCAACCCGGAAACGCAAGGAGAUCUUCAUCGACGAACAAGUCUGCACUGACCCGCGCUUCGUGCGCUUGCCUUGUAUUUUUUUCGCAAUUUUCGCGCGCUUCUCGGCGCUCAAAGUCUUCGACGGUUUGCAAAGCUCAGCCGAGCCGUCCACGGCUCUUGCUUUUGGGAGGUUGCGGCCGGAUUGGCACUGCAGCCGCUGUGCAUUUGAUGAAGCGAGCCCCUGGACCUCUCGAGGUGAUCUUGGCAGGUCGCAAGCCCGAACGGGGCAAGGAGGCGGUAGAGGAGGUGAAAGCAGAGGUUGAGCUGGGCCAGGGCCACGAUGUCUCCUUUUGCCAGGUGGAUUGGCAAAAGCCAGGCACGCUGCCUUUGGAUGGCGUCGAUGUGUUGCUACACACAGCUGGACCUUUUGAUGGUGAACCCACAGUGUUGCAAGAAGCACUAGAGAAGCGUGUGCCUAUCUAUGUGGAUGUGGCCGACCCCAUGAGCUACUUGGACGCGGCAGAAGCUCUGGAUGACAAGUUUCGGGAUGCCGAGUGCAUGGCCCUUUGCAGUGCUGGUGCCUUCCCAGGCUUUUCAAACAUUUUGGCCAUGGAAUGUGCGCAGCGACUUCGAGAGUCGGGUAGCAACGAACUUCAAGAUCUGAACUUCUCUUACUUCACAGCAGGUUUGGGAGGAAGUGGCCCGGUCAACCUUUUGAUUACCAAUCUCGGCUUCGGGGAUCCAGUACCAGUCUUUCAAAAUGGGAAAUAUGCACCUCAGAUGGUGGCUGGUUCAGAGAUGCGGAAGGUGGACUUUUUCUUGGAUGAGGGUGAUCCUGCGUUCAAAGCUGUCGGACGUCGGGAUGUUUGGUCCUGGCCUUUCCCGGAGGCAGGCACUGUGCCGCGGCGUUUGAAGAUCCAAGGCAACUCCAGUACAGGGAUGGGCACUGCUCCUGGCAUUUGGAAUGACAUCUUGGUGGCCUUGGUGUCACUUGUGCCUCGAGAGCUCUGGCAACAACGUGGCUUCUCUGAAGCGUUGGCCUAUUUCUCGUUACCCAUGGUGUGGGUCACUGACCAGUUUGUCAAGGAGACACAUGCCAUGCGCGUGGAGGCUACUUCUCCAGAUGGUCGGAAUUGCGUGUGUGUGCAGACACACCAGAGCUUUCGGCGCUGUGUUGCGCAAAGUGCUGCUGAGUUUGUGUUGCACCUCCUGGAGAGACGUGGCUUCUGGGGAGCGUCUCCUUUCCCUUGGCAGCCAGGGGUAUACCUCCCAGAGCGUUUGGCCGAGGAUAAGGAAGUGCGUGAAGAAUUGCUCGAGCGGCUCACAACCACCGAAGGCACCAUAUCCUGCGGCUUCCAGCUAGGCGAAUCCUGCUGA